UUCGGAAAGUAAUCAUUGUCGCAGUGUUAGACGCUGUGGACGCGGAAGGCAGCAAAAUGGGGCUGUCUGAUGAGGGUGAGGAUGCUGUGGAACAGCGCUUUGACGACUUGUGUCUGGCAUUAAACAUGGACAGACACGCAAAGGAAGAAGCUUGGGAAUCUUACCAAAAGCAGCGCACAAAUUAUUCUUUAGAGGGGGAUCAGAUCCAGUGGCUGGCGUGUGCGCUUUAUGUGGCGUGCCGGCGAACGGUCCUUCCCACUGUAGAUGGUGGAGUCACGGAAGGAAAUGGAGUGUCACUCACUCGACUCCUGAGAUCGGCGUCAUUUAGCCUUAUUCAGUUUUUUGACAAGAUGAAAAAGUGGGCUGACAUGGCGAAUCUUCCAAAAGAUUUUCGAGAUAAAGUAGACAGACUGGAGAGGAACUUUGCAGUGUCUACAGUGAUCUUCAAGAAGUUUGAGCCCAUUUUCUUGGACAUCUUCCGCAGCCCCUCUGAUGACCCUCCACGUGUUCAGCGAAGUCGAAAGCAAAGACGUCUGCCGUGCACUGUCACAGAUGUGUUCAACUUUUGUUGGACAAUGUUUGUCCAGGUCAAAGGUAACUUUCCGGCGAUCAGCGAUGAUCUCGUCAACUCUUACCACCUUUUGCUCUGCUGUGUGGACUGGAUUUUUGCCAACGCCAUUCUCGGUGGUCGUAGAGACCUGCUGAAUCCAGAAUUCUCAGGACUUCCUGAUAAUUUUGUAAGCGGGACAUGGCGACCCCCAUCAGAAGCACCUUGUAUCAUUAAUAUCCUGUGUGAGAAACACGAAGGGCUGGUCCUGGAGGCGAAAGGUAUCAAGGAACACUGGUGGAAACCACACAUCAAGAAACUCUUUGACAGAAAGAUUAUACGGGGGAAGGGAGAGACCCUCUCAUCAGUGCUGGAAAUUGGAAACUUUGAGUUUAAUGUGAAAGCUGUAAACAAUGCAUAUGAAGAGUAUGUGUUGAAUGUGGGCGAUUUUGACGAGCGUAUUUUCUUGGGGGAUGAAGCAGAGGAGGAGAUAGGGACGCCUGCCAAGAUGGGCAGUCCAGGGGAGCUGGCUGUCAAGAUGCAGGAGAAGCGGUCACUACAGCAACAUGUCAGUCAGACUAAAACUCUUGCUCCAUCCACACCUCUGACAGGGAGGAGGUAUCUGAAGGGCAAGGACCAGAGUACAACACCAGUCUCCACGGCAACCCAGAGUGUCAGUCGUCUACAAGCUCUCCUGUCAGGGAGGAAGACUUGUCCCAGUGAUCUGCUGGAGGAAAUGUUCCUGGAAUGCAGCUCAAAUCCCAAGGCUAGUAUUAAGGAUAGGAUGAGUGAGAUGGGAGCCAUUUUCUGCAAACGUUACUCACAGCCUUCAGACGAUCACCCGGGCUCUCAUGAGGAUUUCGCACAGAGGAGACUACAAUUGGCUGAGAGUUUGUACUACAAAGUUCUGGAGAAUAUCCUUGUCAGCGAAAAGAAACGGCUGCAGGGCAAAGACCCAAAGGCUGUUUUGACGGGUUUACUAGAGCAAGACAUCUUCCACAGAUCUCUGUUUGCCAGUUGUUUAGAGAUUGUGAUAUUUUCCUACAACUCGCAAAGGAUAUUCCCCUGGAUUGUAGACAUAUUUGAUAUGGCACCUUACCACUUCUACAAGGUGAUAGAGGUACUGAUCAGAGCUGAAGAAGGGCUGUCCAGAGAUGUGGUGAAACACUUGAAUCAUAUUGAAGAGUGUAUCUUGGAGAGUUUAGCUUGGCGGUCUGAUUCACCACUGUGGGAUGCAAUAAAAGCACAACAAGGCAAUUUACCUACGUGUGAAGAGGUAACCUUACCCAAUCAGAUGGAGUCCGGAGGAGGAUUACCCACAAUAACUGGCUCCCCGCCCGUACAUCCAGCUGUGAAGAGACUUGUGGUAGGGGAGGCCCGCUUCGGAUCUGCGAAACCUAAAGACCCGCUGACCUCCCCUACAGGCCCCUCAGCCGCUGAUCGCUUCAGCUCCCCAACCCCAGGUAGUGCUAAACGGCGUCUGUUUGACAGCACCACAGCUGGGGAGACUCGCACAACGACCACCAUCCCUGCAGCAGCCGUCUCCCUACUCCGUGAUAAAGUCCCUCAUACCAGUGAGGCGGGUCAGAAGAGUCCACUAACAGCAACAGGGAUUAUAGCUUUCCAGAGGGCUCAAACAGAGGAUGGACAACAGGUGCUAAUCAAACUCCCUAUAGCAAAUACCUGCACACUGGUCUCAACAACUCAGCUGUCCUCCAAAAACAGCACCCCAAGUAAAGCAGUGCCUAAUAAACCCAAGCGCACAGGCUCCCUGGCAUUGUUCUUUAGGAAGGUGUAUCACUUGGCAAGUGUGCGUCUGCGUGAGCUCUGUGACAAGUUAGAGGUUACAGACGAUCUGCGGAGGAAAAUGUGGACGUGUUUUGAGCAGUCGAUGGUCCAGAAUGUUGAGCUGAUGAUGGACCGACAUAUUGAUCAGCUCAUCAUGUGCGCUGUCUACGUCAUGGCAAGGGUGGACAACCAGCCUCAGUCAUUCCAGGAUAUCAUGCGGUGUUACAGACUACAACCUCAGGCAGGGAGUCAUGUGUACCGCAGUGUUCUACUCAGCACGCGUCGGCGCCGCACCUCUGGCAGUAGUGACAACAGCAGUAAGAAUGGAGCCAGCGGUUCCUCCUCCCCUGUUAACCUGGCAGAGGAAAUCAAGGACAAAGACAAGAAGCGAGCGGAGAGUCUGCACAUUCGCUCUUCCAGUACCCUUCCUGUACCCCAUCCAAACAGCCAGCCCCCAACCCCGACACGGUUCUCGGGUACAGGGUCAAGUUUUGAAUACGAAGAGAGGGGUGAUCUCAUUACAUUUUAUAAUCAGGUGUACGUUGAGAAGAUGCGAAUGUUUUGUGUUAAAUUCUCAUCUCAGAACAAAAAAGGGGAUUGUCCCCCUUUGUCACCUCUACCAAUGCCCAGAUCUCAGCCAUCAUCCCCUCGCCGAGUUUCAACCAACCACAGUGUGUAUAUAUGUCCACAUAAGACCGGCUCUGCACCGACUACCCCUUCUAAAGGGAUGUCUUACCAAUUCAGCAGGAGUCCUGCUAAGGACCUCCGUGCUAUUAACAACAUGAUCAAGAUGGGCGAGCGGCGCAUCACGGUCAAGCGGUCACUCCAAGUUGACCAGGAGGAGGAAAUACUAACCAGUCCGGCUAAAAGGGCGUAUCCAGGCUCGCUGGAAAGACGCCUCCAGUCUAUCAGCAAUGAAAGGAGAGAGGCCAAUGGCAAUGUCUAAAGCUCUCAUUUACUCAACUGUGCAUGCUGUAUGUAUAUAUUUAUUAUAUAAUUUUAAUUUUGAGAGUUAGGAAAUACCAAAUGUACAGCAAGCCAAUUCUCCUUAUAGAUUGUUAUUAAUGAAGUAAUGUCAUGGUUUUUUAGACUUGCUGCAAGGGGGCUGUGAAGUGGUGAUGGAACUGUGGCUGGUGUGUAAAAUAAAAUGCAACAAAAUAGUCUUGAGGAGGCUAUUUUAAGCACUUGCAAAUUUCAGUUUGAGAAAACGGAGGAUUAACUGGCGACACUCAUAUUUGCUAAAACACAAAUUGAAGAUGUUUAGAAUUGAAAGUUUGUGUCAGAAAUCAGUGAACAAAAAAAAAUCAUCUGCCUGUAUUGCCAUGAAAGGGGAAUAUAAAUGGUCAUCAGGAAGACGACUGAAUUAAGGCAACUGUAAAUAGUUUAACUGAAGAUUUCAUCUUUUCAACUGAAUCUCUCCAGAUUUCAGUGUUUAAAAUUUUGUGGCUAAAUUUAGUCUUUCAGCUGAAGUAUUAGUCUCACUGAAUCGAAUCUGUGCCUGACCAAUGAGAUUGUGAUUUCUGUUCCAGUUCUCAGUUAGGCGGUGGCUUUGAAACAGAAGAUGUUUUUGAGAACCUGGUUAAAGGCAGUUAUCUCUGCACACUUUGGUGUUCUCCAACCAGUGUCGUGCAAAUCCAAAUCUCUCGGGUAUUAGUUCUGCACCAAUCAAAUAAAUCAGCAAUUCCCUCUACACUGCGAUGAUUAUUGGUACAAGUUACCAGGGUUUUGUUGAAGGCCUUAAGUACAUACCUUUACCUGUGUUUUCUUAGCCAGGUUAAUCAAGUAUAUUAUAGAGCAGACAAAACAAGUACAUGAGUACCUGGUAGUUGUUGAUCUUCGUUACAGAUCUUGGGUCAUUGUCUCUUGUUCAUAUCUGAAGGAGUUUGAUAUCUACAUGAUGCAAUUGCAAGAACCAAAAAGCAUGAGAAGGGUCUGCAAUACACCAUAUUUUGUUAGCCCUCUGAACUUCAAAACAUGACUUUGACAAUGAAUUGCAUUUGAUGGAGAGAAAAUCUGUUCUCAGUCUUUGGUCUACAGUUAAGAUCUGUGUAUUAUCUAUACUGUUAUAAUCACUUUUUGAUAUCAUGAUUUAUAUGGUUUUUGAGAUAGCUUAAAUUGAAGUUUGUCGUGCAUGUUUGUACUGAUGUCAUGAUUGAUAUUGUAAUGUGUUUAAUAGAUUCAGGAAAUGAUUUUAAAGCAGCUGGGAUGCACUCUGAUAGACAGCUCCAUGAAAUGGAGCAGUAUUUUUGAAUGACUUAAAACCUUUGAUAUGAUAUUAUAAAUUCUUACUAUUUUGGAAGAUGUUUGUCUUUUAGAAGUUCAGGAAUAAGUCUAGCUCGUAGUGAUGAAACUACUGUUAACCUGUACAGUUGCCAUUUCACGAAGGCAGGUAUUUGAUGAUCUCCUUUCGUGUUGACGAUGCAUUUUUGUUUAUUGUAACAGGACUGGCUAGGGCGUUAGUGAUACGUUCAAUUCUCAGCUUGGUUAAUAAGAUUUUGUGCAUAUAUCACCAUCCUGCAUGUUCCCAGCUUUUCCCCUUUGUCCAUUGCUAAUUUUACAUAACGGUAUCUGAGCCUUCACCAGGUCAGCCAUGUUAUAUGCCAGAAUGUACAGUUACGAUUUUAACUUCAGCCAUGACUAGGCUGAAACCUUGUUUUUGUUUAUGCAUAACUUGUUCUUAUGACUGUUAAGAUUUGUUAAAUUUUAACCUAAUUUUUUAACUGAUGUCAAAGUAAUGACACCAGAGAGUAGCAUUUAAAAAUAUUUAGCACUGCUAAAUGUAGAGUCCCUUUUAGCAUUUUGUUUAAUCGUUCGGUCUUUUAUUGAUGAUAACGCAGACAUGGUUUCAUUUUGCCACGACAUUGGAGAGCUGCUAGCUACCCAGGGCCUGCUUCUUUUGUAAAACAAAAUUGAGCAGGUUAUUGACCAAAGUUCUCAUUUUACUUCAUUAAAUCCUUGGUCUUGUAGCUCGCUUCUUCUCCAGUGUAACCUUCGACUCGAGAAAAUAACCAAUGCCUUCCACAUAACCGUUACCAGUAGCUGCGUUGUGUCACGUUCCGUGUGUGCAGUAGGGUGAUACUAUAAUGUCGAGUACAGUUGUACCCGUUAUUGCUCAAUAUACACGAUGCGUGGCUUGUGUGUUGUAUGUACUUAAGUUUGUGCACCCCAGACCUAGGAGUCGUAGACUUCAAAGGGUUGCUGCAGGCACACCUGUUACACCAGAAACUUGUAUGUGGGUUAUAGCCCUGAGCCAACGUCUGAUGAAGAGUGCUGUCCACGAUCCGUUAGAGGGUCUGUUACCAAAUAAUUGUGUCAAUACAUGUACAUUUACUUUUAUAAGAUUUAAUGUACAUAUACUGGUUCAUACACUUUUUUGAGUAGGAAACCUACCAAGAGUAAAUGUUGUUCGGUGAUAUUUUACUGCCAUGAAGACAUAAAUUUCACAGUUUAUCUUGAUCCAGAUGAGAAUUGCACAUGUAGCUGUAUCUUUAAAACUAACGAGUGAAAUGUAAACUUCAUACAUGGACUUAUUAGUUGGAACACUCGUACUUGGGAUUAAUUUAAGAGUUUGUACCUGGUUUAUAGAUUGUGAUCAGUACAAAUGAACUUUGACCAGUGUUGUUGGGUCUUAGUGGUUCAAAACUUAGUCAAGAAUGUUUCAGAUGUUUUAUUGUUAGACCCUAUUGUGAGGAACCUAAACCAGAGAAUGUUGGUUAGUGUUUUUGGGUCUUUGUGGUUCAAAACUUAGUCAAGAAUGUUUGAGAUGGUUUAUUGUAAGACCCUGUUGUGAGGAACCUGAACCAGAGAAUGUUGGUUAGUUUAGCUAGAUUUCUUGCAACUCCGGCAGAGCUCUCAUUUCCACGACUGUUGAGUAUUUUGGUGAAAUUAUACAAUUUGUGUAAAGAGUACUCGCUGCAGUACUUGCCUACUUGUAUGUAUUUAUUACAUACGCAGGGCACUAAGGAUUUCUGGAAGCAGCGGGUAUUUGUAUUACAUGUAAAACAUAUUCCAUGUAACAGAUGUUGGCUGUGCCAGCAUUAAUUGAGGUAUUGUGUGUAAAAGCCAGUCUCUAGAACUGACAAGUCUCUUUCAGACGUAUUGUGUAAGCCAUAAAGGGAAAGCAGUUCUCUGAGGUGGAGAGUGUACAUGAUACAUACAUGUACAAGAUCUAAUUUGAAUUUACAUCUGACCGGUCAGCAUUUAUCAAGGUCAUUUCAAACAGUGUAUUACCCAAGAAUCCUUGAAAUCGGGUUUGGGGCUUUUAGGUUUUCUUGCCCGUAAAAACUUGCGGCUGGUGAUUUCAUGGAAAUAGUCAAGACACGUUGAUCGAAUGAGUUAGUGGUUCACCCCCAUGACAUUGGACGAUCUGGAAUCUGCCAUUAUCCCCUGAAUGUAUUCUUAUAAUGUUAGCGUACCCUUUCUUUUCACACUCCCCAUAUUUUAUGAAAAUGUAUGUCGGACAAAAUUCAUGAUUAAACAAUGUAAAAAUUUGACGUUUGGAAUUUGCUACAAAAGAUUUUUGACUGGGUUGACUGAUGUAUAUAGCUGUGCUAGCCUGACCAUAUUUUGUUCACAUUUUUGACCUCCAUGUGGAGCUAAGCAUUGCGAUGAAUUUUUUUUCUUUCCACAAUUUAUCUCGAUCACCUGAUAUUGUUACACUGUAAAUAGGCAUUGGAUCAUAUUGACUCUGAUCACUAUAAAAUCUCAUCAAUGACUCCGGUAGCAGAGUCGCCAAUCGUUUUAAGCAAUUAAGAGAAAUAACACUA